GACCACUGAAACAUCAUCAUAUGGUUACUCCAUGAAGGUAAACAAACUGAGUGUGCACGUUGCUAACAAUCGGUGUAGAUACCUAGAGAGUAAGAUCACCUCAAACCAAUCAGCAUCAUGUGCUGCAAUCAGUACAUGUGUCUUACUAUCAACUAAACCACCACAAGACAGCUGAAGUUUCAAAACCAGACCUUAGUGUCCACCUAGUCUAGCUGCUAUGCCUCGCUGUCAUGCCUCGGUGGGAGGGCUGAUAUUGCUUGUGCAUUGUUGUGCUGCUGACAGGCGGUACAGUCCACACAAAGAGCCUGUGUGCAUAGCGCCAGUGCAUGUGCUUCCUUAUGCCGUGACUACACCUUUUAGCCAGAAGCAAACGGUGAGGAGGUGGAGGAAGAGACCGAGAAACGGACAACCCGGCACACCCAACUCAACGGCAGCCAGGCCCUUCCGUCCCUUCCCCGCUGUUCAUCUAAACUGCACAUGACCGGAAACGGUUGAGACUGACUGAAGACAGCCCUCAUAAGCCGGGAGCCGAGAUAAGAAUUCCCCAGGUGAAUU